UGUAACUCAUUUGUUGCCGUAAACAGCUGUCAGCAGAAUAAAAGCAAAGCCAGAUACAUAGCAGGCAAUGAAUGUCUCCUCGGUUGUAAGUUAAUUAUCUGUCACGCAUCACCACGGUAGUGGGAUGGCUCAUUUAAGUGUGGACUUUACUGCUAAGAAUAAAGGACAACCACCCGGGUCCCACAAGCCUGCAAAAAGCUCUUGAGAUGAUGCUUGUUUCUUUCGUUCUGCUUUGUACCAUCAUAGAUGGGGUUUCCUGUGAAGUGUGCAGUUAUCAGGAUGUUCUGGAUUACCUGAACUUGACGGCAGACAACUCUGUUUUUAAACUGACCCGACCCGUUCUGGACCACACACACGUCACAGUGGUGAAGUCGGACAUCAUCCUCUAUGCAAUUCUGUCGGUGGUUGAGAAAACACAAACCUUUGUACCUUUCGUCUGGGUAUCAGUGCAAUGGCAAGAUGAGCGAAUCUCUUGGGACCCAUCUCAGUUUUGUGGAAUCACUGAGAUUUCAGUGCCUAAAGACAUGCUCUGGAAACCUGACCUUUUCAUCUAUGAAAUGAUACAGAAGGAUGAGUCUCCUCCAAACCCAUACAUGAUUGUAAAUCAUAAUGGUACCAUCUUUUAUGAUGAGGACAUGCGGGUAGUUAGCACUUGCAAGAUGGACGUCCACAAGUUUCCUUUUGAUACUCAAGAGUGCAGCAUGUCCAUCGGUUCUGCAAUAUACUGCGUAAAAGAAAUGCGGAUUUUUCCAUUCUCAAAUUCUUCUCGAGCCACGCAAUUUUCCCGAGAGGUAAUGAGGACUCAGGGAGAGUGGGAGUUUCUGCAAAUGUCUGUUGAAAGCUCCAACCUCAGCUUGAACGAUAGACAUUGGGAGCUGCUGACCUACACGGUCAGCAUAAAGAGGAGACCAUUACUUCAUGUUAUCAAUUUUCUGUUGCCCAUCCUGUUUUUCCUUAUUCUGGAUCUUGCCUCUUUCUUCAUCGCUGAUCAUCGAGGGGAAAAACUGGGCUUCAAAGUAACAGUGCUGCUGGCCAUCUCUGUGCUCCUCCUUAUCCUUAAUGACAUUCUGCCCUCAAUGUCCAACAAGACUCCACUGAUAGCCACCUACUGCAUUGUGAUUUUUGCUUUGAUGCUGCUUAGUCUGCUGGAGACUAUCUUGGUAACUUAUCUAAUUGAAAACGAUACUAAGGAUGAACUAAACCUGUGGGACAAGAAGGAAGACCAGCACCUCAAAACAAAGAAUCAUAGCAGAGACAAGGUUAAAAGAAAUGGUUGUCCCUGCAUCUGCCGAGUCUGUGAGAGUGAGAAGCAGCAUGAGCUCCUUCCUGUUAAUGAGGAGGCAAACAACAGCAGGGACUCGGGGGAUGCUAAUGCUUUGCAGCUGAUUCUGGAAGAGUUGAAGAACUUGAAGAACAUGAUGCAUCACCAUCUUGGCCCUAGAGAAGAGAGAAUGAAGUCAGUACUCUGGGCAAAGAGAAUCAAUAAAUGUUUCUUUGUCUUUUAUGUUGUUACUGUUUCACUCUUUCUCUCCUUCAUUUUUUUGGAAUGGUACUCUUAGACAUAUUACAUCAUUCACUGUAAUACUGUUUUGUACAAUGUCCUUUAGCAUGUGCCAUGUGCCAAAGUCGUUGCUAUCUAUGUGACCAAGGAUAAUGUUUAGGGUGGAAAUGUAAUUUUGAUUAAUAGAUAUGCUUUUAGAAACUGUUUCCUAUGUAUUAUGAACACAUCAUACACGGAUCAGCAUUUUAGACUUUUCUGAAAUGAAAACAAAGCUAGAGAAUCAAAUAAGCAAAUACUUUAAAGUAGGAAUAAUCCCAAACCAAUUUGGUCUCAGUGAGAUCAUAUAAAAAAGUAAUAAGUAAAAGUAAGUAAAACAAUGUAAAGGUAAAUGUGGUAAUAUCGAUAAUAUCGAUACCAAGUAUUGUCACACAAUACAUGUGUAAAAGCAUGAUAAUUUUUUCCUCUCCUGCACGCACUGAAUGCAGCAGAUUCACCAAAGUCUCCCUGUCUGUGUCGCAGGACUUUGCUGUUCCCCCUCCCCAAUCCCCAACUUGCAUCAUCACAUGGCUCAGUGAUGUCAGCAAUAUUUCUUGUAGUGCGUUAAUUUUGUUUCAGUGUUUUGUUUAAAUUUGCUUUGAAUCUUUGUUUUAUUAUUGUCCCAUCGUUCAUUUGCAAUAAUAACGUACAAAUAACAAAAACACCAAAAGUUUCAUCAUAAAUCAAGCUUAAAUAAAAAAGAAUUGGUCUCUAUAUCGAUGACACGACCCUGUAUCCCAGUAUCUAUGUGAAAUAAUUGGGAAUACAAUUAAUUCUAUUUAAAAUCUCUUUUCUUUUCAUAGAUGCUAUUUCUCAAAGAAACAACAUUUUAUUUAAUUUUCAUGCUUAUUAUCAUGCAGAUAACUGCAAAUUACUGUGACACACGCUGAGUGUGUGUAGCAAAUCCAUGAAGUCUGGUCUCUUUUUUUUGGGGGGUGGACUAUGAGUGAAAGAAUGCCAUCCAGCAAUUUAGUCAAUUUAGUUGAAUCUGGACACUUAAUUUCAGAGAAAAAUCAUCUUUAAACACCUCUACCAAAAUAAGGUAUGCAGUCUAAAUUCAAAACUAUGUAACACAAAUUGAUGUUUUCAAGGCUUAAUGUCUGUUAAAUGUGAUCAUUUAAAAUAGGAAUAUUAAAUCAGACAGAUAUAGGGGAAAAAAUAGUUUUAACUCAAAUAUUGGAGAUUAUUAAAAGUUCCGAUUAAUAACGCCACAAACAAUUAAAACCUAAAAUUUUUUUACAACCAUACUGUAAAAAAAAAAAUGUAAUAUACAUCAUUUAAUUUCAAAAUCUCUGUUCAGGCUGCAGCAACUGAUGCAUAGGAAGAGUAACUUUAGACAUUAUUAUAGAAGUUUUUUUUUAACAGAGCAGCAGCAUCCGUAGAUGACUGGAAAACACAUUAGAGAUUAUUUACUUCAUGAGAAAAAGUAAAAAGCUACAUUGGUAAAAUACUUCUAGCCUUUUCUCUUUUAAACUGAUUCAACUCAGCUCAUUUCCCUCUGUGAACCAAUCACAGUAAUUGUCUGCAGCCUGCUUUUUGUGCAUCAUUGUCAUGUCAUUACAAAGAAUGAUGGUCAUUCGAUUAGUUCAUUAGAGCAAGGAUCCGGUGUUUGUACUACUCAGACUCACUAGAGGACAUAGAGUAUAUUUUCCUUGUUUAGACUCUUUAUAUGUUUGUUUAUGGGUUACAUUUGAACCAUUUUACAGUUUAUAGUGUGAAAAGUCCUGCAACUUAAAGUUAAUUGUGUUUGUCGGAAUGUUGUUUUUCUUAUUAAGCUGAAAAUAAACAAUCA